GGAAUAGAAACAGAGUUUUAUUAGCUCCCUUUUCUCCGAUACUCUCUUAGGAGUGCACUAUUCAUUUAGUAUUUCGUUUAGUGAUCUGGUAAUUCUCGAGUGGAUGUGAAAUGCAAAGAUCACGGAGAGCUCUUCUGCUUAGAAGAAGAGUUUCUGAGGAUGCUUCUAAAGGAAGGAAUCGCCUCUACAAAGUUUCAUUGUCUCUCGUUUUUCUCGUAUGGGGGCUUCUCUUGUUAUCUACUUUAUGGAUCAGUCAUGGAAAUGGUCACAAAGGGAAUUCUCUAGCCGGUUCGGUACAAAAUGGUGAUCAAGAUGAUGUUAGUGCAGAUGAUACAUAUGAACAUGUUGAUGCACCAUCACUAGAGUCUACUUCUGUUCAUAUACCUGCAGCAGAAGAAAUCAAAGACACAGUUGAUGGGAAUGUUACAGAAAGCAAAGAAGACAUUACGCUUGUGAAGCAAAGUGAGAUGGUUAAUAACAACACAGGCCCAGAGAAUGAUACAGAGACCAGUACUUCAAAGUUUCACCAGGUAUCUCGUGCUGUUCCACUUGGCUUUGAUGAGUUCAAGAGCAGAGUUCCAAACUCUAAAGAUGAAUCUGGCCCUGUUCGUUUCGUAAACUGGAUGAGAAUUCCAGACGCGGCAUCCGCGCGCAGUAAUUGGAUGCAGCAAUCAGAUGUUGUUCGUUCGCGAUUCUGGAAAUUUUGGAUCAUGCGUCUGAAAAUUGUAUCUGGAUGUAGUUAUGUUCGUUUUACAUUUCUGUAUUUUGUAUCUGGAUGA